AUGAAAAAGCUUGUGACGAAGGGCAACAAAAGAAAGAGGCAGAUCCUGAAGUUCACCCUUGAUUGCACACAUCCUGUAGAAAAUGGUAUUAUGGAUGCUACCAGUUUUGAGCAGUUUCUCCAGGAAAGAAUCAAGGUGAAUGGCAAAGCCAGGAAUCUUGGUGGAGGGAUGGUCACCAUUGAAAGGAGCAAGAGCAAGAUCCCCGUGACUUCUGAAGGACCUUUUUCCAAAAGGUAUUUGAAAUAUCUCACUACAAAAUAUUUGAAGAAGAAUAAUCUGUGUGACUGGUUGCAUGUAGUUGCUAGCAGCAAAGAGAGUUAUGAAUUACAUUACUUCUAG